AUGGAAAGAGGGAGAUUAACUUUGAGAAGGCGAAUCGCAACUGCACCGACCCCUUCCAGUUUGAAAACAUCCGCAAGGAGCCCUGCGCGUGUACGCCUUCUGACUAUGCGAAGGAGUACUCGAAAGGGGAUGAUGGCAAAUGCUACUUGCAGUAUCGCCCAAGCAACUGCCAGGGAGGGCAAGAGUCGAAGCGAAUCCCGGUGGACCUUCUGUUCUGUGAGUUGAAGCCUGUCCCAUGCACAGAGGCGAACGUGAAGAGCAUGUACCUCACGUGCGACUACAUCCGUGACCCAGCCACCAAUCAGCAGCUCUCCAAGACUCGCAUGAUCCAGGUGGUGUACUAUUUCGACAAUCAGUGCAACCCUGCUGCUCGUGGCUCCCUUGCCCUCCCUCCCAGCGACUACAUUCCAUGCGACACGCGGUGUGGCCCGGGGAUGUUUCUCAAAGGCAACAACUGUCACAAGUGCCCGCAAGGCUACUAUAGCAUGGGAGGCGGGUUCCGUUAUGAUGCCUUCAAGGACCUCGACCCCAAGGUCUUCCAGACAGAGUGCUCGUUCAGCAACAACACGGGCACGUUCCCCUGUGAGGGGUGGUAUGCGGAGGAGGGGCAGCUGAAAGUGGGCUCCUACGACCCUGCCAACUACUGGCUCGAGGAGGAGUGUGCGUACUUCACCAACAUGACGUGCCACAACAACCUGCAGUCCUCGCUCAAGCUGCCACUCACUCUCGUCAGGGACGGGUAUGUCACAUUCCGCUUCACAGUGAGCUCGGAGCGGCAGCGGGAUGGACUGGUGUUCUAUAUCGACGACCUUAACACCCCCGCCAUGCUGCUGGCUUACAACCAGUUCGAUCCUAAGGAGGUCCGCUUCCCCCUGGCAGCAGGAAGGCACACGCUCGUGUGGGCGUAUGUCAAGGACUCGUCGUUCACACAAGGCAGGGACUCUGCCGCCCUACAGUUUCUGGAGGUGGACGGCAUUGCAUUCACCGACUCAGCCUGCCUCAAAUGCCCUGCCGGCUUCUUCAGUGGGGAGCAAGCCACCAACUGCACAGCAUGCCCUCCCGACCACAUCUCAGCGGAGGGGUCAGGCCAGUGCGAGGCGUGCAACAGCACCACGUUCGCCCUCGCCACACCCCGCACCCAAUGCACCCCACGCCCUCUGUGCAACGUGACAGUAGACGCCACGCCCACCUUCACCCCCUGCGUUGCCUCCUCGCGCACGCGCACCAGGGUGUGGUCGUGGCUCUCCCCUCAAGUCUGCCAGCCCGACCCCGCCCAUGGCCUCCCUCCCAACACCACCGAGCCAUGCGAGCCCUGCCCGUCAGGGCAGUACGCAGUUGUGGAUUCUGCCACUGACACUCUCACCUGCACCUUCUGCCCCACUGGCACAGCGCGGAACGUCUCAGAAGCAUCAACAGUACAACCACUCCCCCCUCCAGGCGCGGCUGCCCCUCCCUCUGCAGCCCCCUCAACCACAUCGGACGAAACUUGCCACCCGUGCCAGCCUGGCGAGGCGGCAGUGAGGAUGCUCUUGCUGGAGCACUUCCGCACCGUGGAAGACGGGAAGCUUCCCAGCGGCUUCCAGACUGGAUGCAGUGGGGAGUGUGGGUCAGGCGGGUGGCGAGUGGUGGGGGAUUAUCUGGACUCGGGGGCGAAUAACGGCAAGACUGCCUCUGUGUGGCUGGCACUCACAGUGAAUCUCACCAUCCCUGGCUACAUCACAUACGACUUUGACGUGGACAUCCCUCCUGGCGACCUGCAGCGCGGACUCUUCUUCUACGUGGACGACAACCUGCUCGAGAACAUCGAGGACGGGGGCAGCAUGGGCGUGAGCGUGCCAGUGGGUCGCAGCAGCAGCCAGCAUUGGCCGCUGGCAGCAGGCAGCCACCGCAUCAUGUGGGUGUGGGUCACCCUCAACGCCGAUCGCACCUCCGUCGAUCGCUCCUCUGCCAUCCUGCACAGCGUGCGCGUGUGGGGGGCGGCACAGGGGGGCGCGCCCGGGUGUGUGCGCAUCCCUGCAGGCGCGCAGAAGGGGCAGAGCGGGGACGCGUGGGAGGAGUGUCCUGCUGGGUAUUACAGUGAGGGCGGGGAAGGGCUGUGCCAGAAGUGCCCUGCCAACACCUUCAACCCGAAACCUGCGGGCAACCGCACUGCUUGCCAGCCGUGCGGCCUGGGCACAUCCUCUCUGGAGGGCAGUGCGGAGUGCGCCAUAGGGGACAUCACCUCGCCCUCCUCCUUCUGCACCUUCAUCGUCCGCUCCUUCAACAGUACAGACACGCUCCUCUACGACCUCUCCCCCCUCGCGCACCAGAACCUGGGCCGCCUCGUGGGGCCCAUAUACGAAGGCCCAUCCUUUGUAGACCUGCAGAAGGGUCCUAAGUACUAUGUGUCGGUGUGUGCUCGCAGCAACAGUGAUAACGCUGUGUAUCGCCCUGUCGCUUCCUCUGCUGCUGCUGGGGGUGCUGGUGUUGGGGGUGGUGCGGCUGGGGGUGGUGGUGUGUGGAGUGGUGAUAGUGGUGGUGGGAAGGGGGGCAGGGGCGGCAAGGGAGAGAGAGCGAACACGAAGUACCCGUGCAUCAUGUACACUGGGAAGCCCCUCAACAACACUUAUGUGUGCCGGAUCAACCCGAAUCUGAAUGAGCACAGCACAGCCACAUCGGCCCACAGCCUGGGGGACACCGUGUCACUGGCCCCUUUGGGGAGCUUCUCCGAGCCGCAGCUGCAGCGGCGAGGGCUGGUGAUGUCGUUCUACGGAGAGAGCUGCCCGAUGUCCGACGCCCCCAGCACCUUCAACCUCACCUUCAUCUGUGACCCCGAGGCUGGCUACGGCCACCCAGAGCCAUGGACGGAGGGGGGCAAGAAGGCAGCUCUGAACCCGACCCUCUCCUACCCGGCAUGGGCCAAUCGGUCGGGCGAUGUCAUCCCCGUGGGGCGCGAGGCGCCUGUCUCAUGCCUGUUUCAGAUGGUGUGGUACACGGCAUAUGCGUGCCCGCUGUGCACUGUGCUGGAUAUGGAGCCUGUUGCCGUUGCCAACUGCAUCGACAACAAGCGCUUCACCUACAAAUACAAGACGCCAAGGCUUUGCCAGCCAAAUCCCCAGGUGCCCUUACCUCCUGAUGAGUACUGCCUUCCCUGCACCAAGGACGACUACCAGAGAUUUGAGGACUCUUGCACCGACGCCAACGGUGUGCACAACGUAACAUACAUCUGGAAGCUCCCGAAGACUUGUAACGAGGACCUUUCUGGAGCGGAGAAGCUUCCGGAAGGGACACUGGCGGGGAUUUGUGACAUGGAGGUGAAAUACAUCGCUUCAAGCACCUUGAGCCCCAAAUACAUUGCCAUUUUUGCGCUUGGAGGGCUGGCAAUUGUCGGCCUUGCAGUCAUGACGAUUAUGACGUGGCUCAAGAGCCGAAAGAUCUACAGGGAGUAUGCGAGGCUGUGCGAGAAUGCGGAGCAAGCGGAGGAGAAUGAUGAGAUGGAGGAAAUGGAUGGGGGUGAUGAGGACGACGAGUAUGAGCAUGAGGAGGCACACUUUUGUAGGCAGGGAGACGAGAGUAGUUAG